GAGAGUCCUAGCCGCGGUGCCAUUGGCCGCGAUCGCCGCCACCCGGCAGUAGUUGCAGGGGUCAGCUCCGCCUUUUCCUCUUUCCCUCGGCUCCGGUAACGGCGGAUCGUGCAGCUAUGGCCAAGAUUAAGGCUCGGGACCUUCGUGGCAAGAAGAAGGAGGAGCUGCUGAAACAGUUGGACGACUUGAAAGUGGAGUUGUCCCAGCUGCGCGUCGCCAAAGUGACAGGCGGUGCGGCAUCUAAGCUCUCUAAGAUCCGAGUUGUCCGCAAAUCCAUCGCCCGCGUUCUUACUGUCAUUAACCAGACUCAAAAAGAAAACCUCAGGAAAUUCUACAAGGGCAAGAAGUACAAGCCCCUGGACCUGCGGCCCAAGAAGACAAGAGCUAUGCGCCGCCGGCUCAACAAGCACGAGGAGAACCUAAAGACCAAAAAGCAGCAGCGGAAAGAGCGGCUGUACCCUAUGCGCAAGUACGCGGUCAAAGCCUGAGUGUUACGGCGCAAUAAAACAAAAACUGGCUUUCA